AUGUGGCCAACGCGGAGCCUCAGCCAACGUCAGGACGAUAUCAUUACCCUCUCAGGCUUCGAGCGCAUGAAUGUGGUGCUUCCUCGCAAUCGCACGCCUGUGGACGACGCCACAGCUGCUCUUGAGAAGUGGCGCCUGCUCUCACGCCACUACGUUGAUGUUGAAGGUCUAGUAACUGGUCUGACACUUGCUGGAUGGUCUGCCUGGGCGAAAGAGGUACUCAUUCGAUUUGGUCAGGAUGUGGGAUUGGCAACAAAGUCCGAGAAGGUUACAUUCGAUGUGAAGGAAGCAGGGGAUGCAUCAGCAGAAGAGCGAAUGAAUUUAGAGAUAGAGAUGAAGGAAAAUUUGUCAGCUGAUAAAGAAUUGCUCCGCCAAAGUACGAAUGAAAAUGACACCUCUGUAAAGUCUCCACACGAUGAAAUUUCUGAAACUGUGCACCAAAACUGGAGCCAAGAGUCUAUCAGAUCGGAAUUAAUAUGCGAAAGCAGUGUCGAUGACUUUGAUAAACAAUCCUCACUGAAUGCUAUCGGUAACCAGUGUCAUGGUGAGCCAGGAUUUAGCCCUAUCCAAGAGGGUAGUGUGCUGGAAGCCUCGUCUACAGAACAAAAUGUCUUGUCUGAAGAAGGGGAUUCAAAAAAUUCCUCCUUGCCAAGUAGUAGACCUGGCAGUAUUGUGAAAGAAGCAGAAACGGAGCAACAUAAUUCCUCUAAUGAUGUAUCCGACAACUCAUCACACAACUCUCUUAAACAGGAUGAACUCGUUGAUAAAUCUGAUCACUUCAGCGAAGAGGACGAAAUAAUAGAUAGCUCUCCAACCCAUUUCAGCUGUAAAACCUCUUUGAGCAACGAUACGUCUACAAAGAGAAAUGACUGUUCACGACAAAUAUCUAGGUAUAUUGGUCAAAAGGAUAGCAAAAGUACUCGCCAUAUUCGAAGUGCAAAGCCAUGUAACCGAGGGGAAUCAAGCAAGACGACCACCAAGGCCAGUAUAUCAGAUUACAAGUUGCAAAACUCUCACGAUAAGAGUAGCACAUGUGCAAUACAUGGUGCUUGGAAAUCGCACGAAAAUUUCAAAGUGAAGUCCGUUGGAUCAGAAGGAGAUGAAGAAACAAACUCCCAAAAACAAAAGUUGGAAAGUGACAGAGGUGAAAUGGAGGAGUGUCCAACACAAAAACCAAUGACAAGUAAAAGGGCUGCUUCUGUAAACACCAGUGAGUCCAUGAAGGAUGAGCAUCAUAGUGAUCGUACACUUUCUUUCGAAAUGGACAAUUACUGCUUUUGCACUGAAGCUAAAAAGAAUAAAAUUAAACAAGAUGCACUGGUUGUGAGGAGGGAUACAGUGGAACCAAAAAGCGAAUCGUCAAAAAAUGAGAAUCUAAAAGGCAGCUCGAAAGGGGAGGAGGACGAGCACGGAUCUGAUAAGAUAAUGAAGUUCGAUGCUGAUGCUAGUUUAGCUAAAGUUAAAGAUGAGGACUCAACAUGUCAAUGUGAAAUACCUACUAGUCAAGGGGAGGACGCAAUGUCAAAUGACGAUUGCAGCAUUCGACCCAGCCCCUUACAAUAUGAUGACAACGAGAAAGGCAUUGGUGAGUCGCGUUCGAAGGAAGAUGAACCUGUAGAAAAGCUAGUCGAGAAUAUUAUAAAAUCGUCGCCAAAGUCAAAACUUUUAAUGACUGGUCGACGCACCUCGAAAAUUCAGAAAAACAACCACCUUUCAAAGGGAAAUAAGAAGUCACACAAAGUAUUUCACGAAAAGACAAAGGGUGACAAUGAGGCAAAUAAAGUGGAAUUAACGAAAGCAGCAAAGAGGGGAGGAUGUGGUUCAACGAAAAGCGCUUCAUUUCGGGAAGAGGAAAGCCCAAAGGAUAGCAAUAUUCCGAACGAAAUCGAAAACCAAAUUAUCAGAAUUAGUAUAGAAUCGGAGAAUUCAGGAAAGACACCCUCGAUAUCAAGUAGUAAGAAAAAGUCAAGGGAUGAGAAUUCGAGAGGGAAGAAAAAUAGGGGAGCUAAUGAGAAGAAGUAG